AUGGAGGACGCUAAAUACACCGCGAUUCCCCUCUCGUGGCGCGAAAGUUCCGGAGAGCUUCGCGUGCAUGAGUCCGCUGACGACAUCUCGCGAGGUCUGGCCGACGUUAUCGUGAGAGCUUCUGAGGCAGCCAUAGCCGCGCAUGGCUCUUUCAGCAUCGUUAUUUCAGGGGGGUCCGUCGUUAAAUGCCUGGGCCAGCUGGCGCAUCCAGAUAUCGCGGCGCUCUGUGAUUGGUCCAGAUGGCACGUGUUCUGGGUGGACGAACGGGCUGUGCCGCUGAUGCAUCCCGACAGCAACUAUUUGCUGGCGCACACUCACUGGCUCUCCAAGGUGCCCAUCCCACCAGCCCACAUACACACUCUAGACGACUCUCUCCCAGUGGAAGCAGCAGCAGAGGCGUAUCAGCGCGAGCUGAAGCAAUGCGUGGAUGCGGGGGUCCUGCUGAUGCACCCAGUCGAAGCAGCAGCAGCAGAGGCGUAUGAGCGUGAGCUGAAGCAAUUCGUGGAUUCUGGGGUUCUGCUGAUGCACCCAGUCAAAGCAGCAGCAGAGGCGUAUGAGCGCGAGCUGUUGCAGUGCGUGGAGGCUGGGGUUCUGCUGAUGCUCCCAGUCGAAGCAACAGCAGCAGAGGUGUACGAGCGCGAAUUGAAGCAGUGUGUGGAGGUUGGGGUUCUGCUGAUGCACCCAGCUGCGGUGGUUGCAGUUGUGGCAAUGGGGGAGGGGAAGAGGGAGCUGCUGGGGAGGCUGUUUGAGGCAGGGGGGACUCGGUUUGCUGCGGGAACUGGAGAUGGGAGGCUGAUCUGGAUGGUUGAUAUGGAGGCUGCUGCUGGGUUUCUCUCACGUGCCCUCCCCUCCCCGCCGCCGCCGCAAGCGCGCACCUCAGCUGGCCCUGGCACUGCUGGUGUGCCGACUGGCCGGGUGAAGCCGGGGAGGCGCGCAAGCAUGGCCAAGGAGGGCAUGGAAACCAUGACGCGCGCAGCGGCGGUGGCCGCCAGCAACGGCAGGCGCAAGAGCGUCGAUGACACUGCGGCGCCGCCCCAGGGCUGGGAAAAGUCCUGGACAGGCGGCGGCAAGGUGAAGGGUGGCAAGAGGUGGAGCGAGCCGGGUCGCGAGCGAACGAGCAAAGAGCAGAGAAACGAUGCAGAGGAGGGAAGGGGAGCGGGCGAGGAGGGCGGAGCAGAGGGGGGAGCGGCGGUCGAAGUCGUGGGGGAGGACCCAUGCGGCAGCCCGGUGCUGGGCAUGCAGGGGCGCGUGGAGGAGCCAGCAUGGGCAGAGGAGGCGGCGGAGAGCGCGGGGGCGCGCAGUGGCGGGGAGGUGUCCGCGAGGGCGGGGAGCGGCAAGAAGGGCAGUCUGGCGCGGAGUCUGACGGAGGACGAGGAGGCAGGCGACCAGACGCCGGCUGAGCAGCCCCGCGGCGGGAAGGCGAAAGCGAGCCCGAAAGGGGUGAGCCCGAAAAGGACGAGCGGGCGAAGGCUGGCAUGGCGCAUGGAUGAGGACGACGUCGCGGAGGGCGGCCGCGCAGGCGCGGAGGGCGCGGGCGACGCGGCGAAGGCAAUGGCGCGCGCGUGA